CCCGGCGGUUGACGGGGACCGGAGGGUAGCGGAGGGGUGGGGAAUUGGGAGCCGGACCCCCGGCAUCCGAAGGAGCUCAAUCCAGAGAGACCACCAGUCCAGUGAACCGGCCCAGGCCCCCGCGAUGUCGCGCAACGUCACCCCGUUCUGCCCGCUGCUGGAAUACCUGAGCCGCCUGCCCCAGAACACCAGCGUGCGCCACGUCGACUACUUCUCGGUGACGCUGCACGGGCUGGUGUCCCUGCUGGGCCUGGCCGAGAACACCCUCAUCCUCUUCCUGCUCAGCUGCCGCAUGCGCCAGACGGUGGUGACCACCUGGGUCACCCACCUGGCCCUGUCGGACCUGCUGGCCGCCGCCUCCCUGCCCUUCUUCACCUACUUCCUGGCGGCGGGGCACUCGUGGCAGCUGGGCACCACCUUCUGCAAGCUGCACUCGUCCGUCUUCUUCCUCAACAUGUUCGCCAGCGGCUUCCUGCUCAGCGCCAUCAGCCUGGACCGCUGCCUGCAGGUGGUGAAGCCCGUGUGGGCCCAGAACCGGCGCACGGUGCCGGCCGCCCGCAGGGUCUGCCUGGGGCUCUGGGCGCUGGCGCUGGCCAACACGGUGCCCUACUACCUGUUCCGCGACGCCAUCCCCCGCCGGGACGGCCGCGUCAUGUGCUACUACAACGUGCUGCAGUACAGCUCCGGGGGCCCCGAGGAGCGCGACGCCGCCUGCGGCCGGCGCCAGUGGGCCCUGGCCGUCAGCAAGUUCCUCCUGUCCUUCGUCCUGCCCCUGGGCGUCAUCGCCUCCUGCUACGCCGUGGUCAGCGCGCGGGUGCGCCGCCGGGUCCGCCGCCGCCCCGGCCGCUUCUUCCGCCUCUUGGUGGCCGUCGUCGCCGCCUUCGUGCUCUGCUGGCUGCCCUACCACGUCUUCAGCCUGGUGGAGGCCGGCGGCCACUACCGGCCCGCCUUGUUCGCCCUGUCCUGGAAGGCCCUGCCUCUGGCCACCAGCCUGGCCUUCAUCAACAGCGUCAUCAACCCCUUCCUCUACGUCUUCACCUGCCCCGACGUCCUGCGGAAGCUGCGUCACUCCCUGCGCGGCGUCCUGGAGAGCGUGCUGGUGGAAGACAGCGAGUUCGGCGGCGGCGCCCGCCGCCUCCGCCUCCGCCGCGCCUCCCAGGCCGCCUCCGUCUCCACCUCCACCUCCACCUCCUCCGGGGCCACGCGGCACAGCGGCCUCUGCCCCUCCUGGCUGGGUCUCCGGACGCCCAAGGAGACCGGCCGGGGGGACGACGGGGCGGAGCGGGAGACCUGA